UCAAGUUCCCGGAGGGCGGAGAGUUGGCCGCCAACUCUGUAAUAUCAGUAACGGAGCAGCGAGCGGACGAAAACUGGGAAACUCGCUUUACCCGAAACCCCGAGGAGACGAGACGGCUCUGGCUCGAAGUGAAACCAUGACCGGGAAUCCGGUGCCGGGAUGGGGCGUUCGUGCGCGGUGCGUAUAAUACAGGGACUUGUCGCUUCGCCUGCUACGAGUGCGGUUCUCGUGUGUUCCCCGGUAGAGGCAGCCGGAGGGCCAAUAAUGGCAGCCAGGCGGACUAGAGGGGUGACCGGCUCGGACCUGAGCCGGACUACCGUGGCCCGCGCUACCGCCAUAGCCGAGCAGCUGCGCUACGAGUGCUCCAUCUUACUGGAACUUUAUACAAAGAAGGAGAGUUUUGUUGCAGAUGUUGCCGACGGUCGUCUGGUGUCCGUACCUCCCCCUUCCUCCCAGCUGGACACCAGGGACAAGCUCUGGCGUCUCCACUCCGCUCUGCUCCAGUGCCGCAGCUUGCUGGAGAGCGCCAUCGCCAGGGAGGAAGAGGAGCUGGGCGGUGGGGAGAAGGGCGACUACGAGACCCAGAGGAACAUGGUGAAGAGCAGUCUGUCCUUCCUCCUGAUCACCACCGGAGAGCUCCUCAAAGCCGCCGACGGCGCGGCGGUCCCGACCCCUGGCGUGGAGGGCUUAGAGCAGUCAGUGGGGUCGACCGGUCUGUUUGAGCUGAAGCUUUGGGUGUACCGGAUCUUCAAGGAGGUGGACUACUGGACCAAGACGGCCAUCACCACUUUACAAGCGCUGCCCUCUGUGAUCGUCAAGCGGGCGAGGACCACGCGAGUCCGGAGUGUGAGAAGCGCCCGGCGAUGAGACGGGAGAAGUGUGUGUGUGUGUGUGUGUGUGGGCGUAGAGAAACUAAUGAGAGAGAGAGAGAGGUGAGAGAGAUAGGUGAGCGCAGGAAUCAGAAGAUGAAGGAAGGUGAAAAACUGACAUAUGUGGUGUGAAAAAGAAAGAGAUGAGUGAAAAUAGCCAGCCGUGAUAGUGAGACACAGAUCUCCACUGACGGGGAGAUGAGUGGGUUGAACAGAGGCCUUAGACAGAGAGGGAGCAAAAGACAAUAACCAUGUUCGUCAUAGCUAAUAACAACAUCUGUUGGAACGAGUUUAUUUGAAAUACGGCACAGUCUAAGACAACUUUAUAUUUAUUGUUUAGCUUUUAAGACGACAUCUAAGGAUGCGUCGAGAUUGAAAGAUAAGAAGCAGAGUUUCUUUCUUUCUUAUUUUGGUAUUGAGGAAUCGUAACGUCAUUUAACUGCAACUCAAGAUGCAUGCAGCUGUUUUUCUCACCUGCCAACGUCAACAUCCCGU